AGGCCCUAGAAACACAUCUUCAGUUCUUACCUCUGUCACCUUUGCAUCCGUUGCUGUUUUUCUGAAAGUGUUGCAUGUUCUACUUCCCGUUGGGUUUGACCUCUCCAUGAUAACCCUUCAGAACUCUGAAGAGAGCAAUAGAAUCUCCAUCACCUUUUUCCGUCUUUUCCGAGUGAUGCGACUGGUGAAGCUUCUCAGCAGGGGAGAAGGCAUCCGGACAUUGCUGUGGACUUUUAUUAAAUCCUUUCAGGCCCUCCCAUAUGUCGCCCUUCUCAUAGCCAUGCUUUUCUUCAUCUAUGCUGUCAUCGGAAUGCAGAUGUUUGGGAAAGUUGCCCUGAGAGAUAACAACCAGAUCAAUAGGAAUAAUAACUUCCAAACCUUUCCCCAGGCGGUACUGCUGCUCUUCAGGUGUGCCACUGGGGAGGCCUGGCAGGAAAUCAUGCUGGCCUGCCUCCCUGGGAAGCUGUGUGACCCAGAGUCAGAUUACAACCCCGGGGAGGAGUACACGUGCGGGAGCAAUUUUGCCAUCGUUUAUUUCAUCAGUUUUUACAUGCUCUGUGCAUUUCUGAUCAUCAAUCUGUUUGUGGCCGUCAUCAUGGACAACUUUGAUUAUCUGACCCGGGACUGGUCUAUUUUGGGACCUCACCAUUUAGAUGAAUUCAAACGAAUAUGGUCAGAAUAUGACCCUGAAGCAAAGGGAAGGAUAAAACACCUGGACGUGGUCACUCUGCUUCGACGUAUCCAGCCACCCCUGGGGUUUGGGAAAUUAUGCCCACACAGAGUAGCAUGCAAGAGAUUAGUUGCUAUGAACAUGCCUCUCAACAGUGAUGGGACAGUCAUGUUCAAUGCAACCCUGUUUGCCUUGGUUCGAACUGCUCUUAAAAUCAAGACUGAAGGAAACCUGGAACAAGCUAAUGAAGAGCUCCGAGCUGUGAUAAAGAAAAUAUGGAAGAAAACCAGCAUGAAACUGCUUGACCAAGUUGUCCCUCCAGCUGGUGAUGAUGAGGUAACCGUGGGGAAGUUCUAUGCCACUUUCCUGAUACAGGACUACUUUAGGAAAUUCAAGAAACGGAAAGAACAAGGACUGGUGGGAAAACACCCAGCGAAGAACACCACAAUUGCCCUACAGGCGGGAUUAAGGACACUACACGACAUUGGGCCAGAAAUCCGGCGGGCUAUAUCCUGUGAUUUGCAAGAUGAUGAGCCAGAAGAAGCAAACCGAGAAGAAGAAGAUUUGUUCAAAAGAAAUGGUGCCCUGCUUGGAAACCAUGUCAAUCAUGUUAAUAGUGAUAGGAGAGAUUCCCUUCAGCAGACCAAUACCACCCACCGUCCCCUGCAUGUCCAAAGGCCUUCAAUUCCACCUGCAAGUGAUACUGAGAAACCGCUGUUUCCUCCAGCAGGAAAUUCGGUGUGUCAUAACCAUCAUAACCAUAAUUCCAUAGGAAAGCAAAUUCCCAACUCAACAAAUGCCAAUCUCAAUAAUGCCAAUAUGUCCAAAGCUGCCCAUGGCAAGCGGCCCAGCAUUGCGAACCUUGAGCAUGUGUCUGACAAUGGGCAUCAUUCCUCCCACAAGCAUGACCGUGAGCCUCAAAGAAGGUCCAGUUUUAAAAGGUCCGACUCUGGAGAUGAACAGCUCCCGACUAUUUGCUGGGAAGAUUCAGAGAUACAUGGCUACUUCCAGGACCCCCGCUGCUUAGGGGAGCAGGAGUAUUUCAGCAGUGAGGAAUACUACGAGGAUGACAGCUCGCCGACCAGAAGCAGGCAUAACAAUGGCUACUACAACAGAUACCCAGGCAGCAGCUUGGACUUCGAAAGGCCCCGAGGCUACCACCACCCCCAAGGCUUCUUAGAGGACGAUGACUCACCCGUUUGCUACGAUCGGAGAUCUCCAAGGAGACGCCUACUACCUCCAACCCCAACAUCCCACCGGAGAUCCUCCUUCAACUUUGAGUGCCUGCGGAGGCAGGGCAGCCAGGAAGAGGUCCCGCCGUCGCCGGCUUUUCCCCACCGCACAGCGCUGCCUCUGCACCUCAUGCAGCAACAGAUCAUGGCAGUUGCAGGCCUAGAUUCGAGCAAAGUCCAGAAGUACUCACCGAGUCACUCGACCCGGUCAUGGGCCACCCCCCCAGCGACGCCCCCCUACCAGGACUGGACGCCCUGCUACACCCCCCUGAUCCAGGUAGAGCGGUCAGAGUCCCUGGACCAGGUCAAUGGCAGCCUGCCGUCCCUGCACCGCAGUUCCUGGUACACAGAUGAACCUGGUAUCGCCUAUCGGACUUUCACGCCAGCCAGCCUGACUGUCCCCAGCAGCUUCCGGAACAAAAACAGCGACAAGCAGAGGAGUGCGGACAGCUUGGUGGAGGCAGUCCUCAUAUCUGAAGGCUUAGGACGGUAUGCAAGGGACCCGAAAUUUGUAUCAGCAACAAAACAUGAGAUUGCCGAUGCCUGUGACCUAACCAUUGACGAGAUGGAGAGUGCAGCCAGCCACCUGCUCAACGGGAACGUGAGUCCCCGAGCCAAUGGGGACGUGGGCCCCGUCUCACACCAGCAGGACUAUGAGCUACAAGACUUUGGUUCUGGCUACAGCGAUGAAGAGCCAGACCCUGGGAGAUAUGAGGAGGACCUGGCAGAUGAAAUGAUAUGCAUCACUACCUUGUAGCACCUAGCAAGGGGGCAGACUGGCUCUAGCCACAGGUGGGGCAGAGGAGGGCCAGGGGAAAAAAAGUGCCUCGUAGUUAGGAAAGCUUAGGCACUAGUUUGGAGUACAUAUUCAAUUAGACUUUUGUACAAGUGAUGUCACGUCUCAAGGAAGCCAUAAACCUGGUAGGGAACAGGUGCCGAGUGGUCGAGCACAGUGCACCACGUGCUCAGCCCCUGCUGCGGCUGCCCCUCAUGGGACCCCUGUGGGAAACAGCAGGCCCAGCCCCAAAAGAGAGGUUGGGUGAGGAGGCACACCAGGCGGAUG